AUGCCUUCAGCUGCGAAUGCAAAGUCUGAAAAACCGGCCUCUUCGGAGGCUACGGAUAAUUCACCUAUACGGCAAAUUAUCACAAUUAUAGAACACAAAGUUCGUAAUUUGGAAAAAAGAAAGAGCAAGUUGACAUCAUACCGUGACCUGCAAAAAGCUGGUAAAGAAUUAAAAACUGAUCAAAAAAUAGCUGUUGCUAAGUAUGAUGAAGUUGCUCAGACAUUGGAAUUUGCUAGAGAUCUCUCAAAACAAAUUACUGCUAUUGCAGCAUCGGCUGAGCGUGAGGCUAAAAAGCAAGCUAAAAAGGAUGCAUGGGUGCGCUAUGCUGCUGAAACCAACAAAAUUCGUGAAGCUCUCUUAAUUUUGGAUUGCCUUAUGCAAAUGGGCAACUCUGAGGCAAGGGAAGACUUCUUGAAUGGGGCAAAUGGAGCAACUAAACUUACUGAGGAAGACUUGAAAAUUUUGGAUGACUUGUACUCUGAAGUUACACCAAAGCAUGUAGUAAAUGAGGAAGGACAACCUGGAUUUCAUAUGCAAACAGUCAAAGCUGCUGAACAUUUAUAUGCUAUCAUUGACGGAAAACAAAAGGAGAUUUUGGGCACAACAUAUGCUCAUAUCAAAGAAAUAGUGAAUGCUGUACAUGAAUGUGGAUAUUUUGACAAAACUAUUGAGACAGUUGCAGAAACUGAGGAAACUCACAUAAUUGUGGAAGAAGAGCAGCAGAUAGCAGCUUUGGAAGUAGAGGAAGCCAAUGCUGUCCCUUCCUACCCACCACCCACUGUCCUCCCUGUACCUCCUGCUCCAGCUGUUGUUCCUGCACCAGGCUAUCCACUCCGACCUCUUCCCCCAAUAACUUUACAAGAAGUUGAACAUGCAUACUUCUCCCAACAGUAUCCACAACAGAGACCUAUUUCAGAAGUAAUUGGCUCUCAAAACUUCUUUUUCCUUCAGGAAUCUGAAAUUGACAGCCCUGUUGUUGUGGUUGAACAAGAACCAGUGCAGGUUGAAGAGCAAAAAGCCCCUACACCAGUUGAAGAUAAAAAUGAAGAUGAAUGGCAAGAAAGCCAAAGUCCCAAACAGGAAGAUAGCAAUGACCGCAGGACUCAAGGUCAAGGAGAUGGUCAAAACAGGUUCAGGCGUUACGGUCGUGGAGGCAGAGGUGCAUCCAAUGGCUAUCGUGGACGUGGAAACUUUCAAAACAGACAAAAUGAUGGAUAUCACCCUCGUGGGGAAUAUCAGAACAGAAUAAACAAAGAUGGCUAUCAGAAUAGACAGUAUGAUGGCUACCAGAACAGACACAAAGAUGGAUACCAGAACAGGGGAGGUAAUGAUGGUUACUAUGGCAAUGGAGACACUGGCGACAGCCAUCAACAGAAUGAAAAUGGUGGUCGUGACAGGUACAAUGAUAGUAACCAGAGUUAUCAGGGUGGAUUCAAGAGCCGUGGCAGGGGAGGUCCUCGCGGAGACAGACUAAAUCAUUCGUGGAAGGCAAAUUUCACCGGCAACAACGCGCUGUGGCAACAUCAAAGAGAUUAUGGUUACGAAGUCACGCAAGUGAAAUCACUUUGA